GAGCUCGCUUAAGUUAUCAAGCUAGCAUUGACCGUGUUUCAGCAACUUUGUGUUUAGUUGUUUUUGUGUCAUUCUGCAUUGGAAGUUUUUAAAUAUUCAACAUUUAUUUUCUUAUUCAAAUCUAAAUUUUCAUAAAAUAUCAAAUAUAAUAAGUUCAAAUUUUAAGAGUGAAGAUUAGUUGAGAAAGAUGUCUAUCCUUUCUUAUAAUGGAGGUGCAUUAGUUGCCAUGACUGGCAAAGACUGUGUUGCUAUUGCUUCUGAUAAAAGGUUUGGAGUUCAAUUGCAGACUUUGACCACGAAUUGUCAGAAAAUAUUCGAAAUGGGACCUCAUCUCUACUUGGGAAUGGUCGGAUUGGCGACUGACGUAAAAACUGUUCAGUCCAAGUUGAAGUUCAGGCAGAAUCUAUAUGAACUCAGAGAAGGUCGUAUAAUGAGCCCAGAAAUAUUUACGAAUAUGAUGUCAAAUAUGUUAUAUGAAAGAAGAUUCGGGCCGUUCUUCAUUGAGCCAAUUGUUGCUGGUUUGGAGCCGAAAACGUUUAGUCCGUACAUUUCGACAAUGGACGUGCUGGGCUCGACGAGCGUGUGCAAGGACUUUGCCGUGCAGGGCACAUGCACCAAUCAGCUGUUCGGCAUGUGCGAGUCGCUGUGGCAGCCCGACCUUGAGCCGGACGCACUCUUCGAGGUCAUAUCGCAGGCGCUCGUCAAUGCCAUCGACCGUGAUGCGUCCUCCGGUUGGGGCGCUGUUGUCCAUGUCAUAGAAAAGGAUAAAGUCACAAUCAAACAUUUGAAGACCAGAAUGGACUAAGUAUUUUUGGUAUUAUUCUUUAUAAUUUAAUUUUUCUUUGUAUUUUAUAAAGCCUUAUAAACUAUUUUGAGUUUCA